CGUAACAGAGUGCUGUUAGCCACAGCACCGAGCUGUUAGGCGCAGCACGCUGAAAAGGCUGUCAAAUCAGCUGUUUUCCAACUCGAUUUCCCUGCCACUCAAGUUGAAUUUUUAAAACUAACUACGAUUAGUUACGAGCUCAGUCCAUGGACACGACGGAACAGGUGCCUAAGGAGGCGCCCCCGGCGGUGCCCCCACCGGUGCUCAGCUUGAGCAAUUGCCCGGGCACGACGCCCGGGACGCCGCUGAGCAAAAACCAGCUUAAGAAGCAGCGCAAGCUGGCGGAGAUUGCCGAACUCCGGAAGCUGCGACGCGAACGGGAGCGCGAGAAGAAGAAGCAGAAGCGUCGGGAGGCCAAGGAGCUGGGGCUGCCCGUCCGGACGGGCCCCUCCCGCAAGGAGCUGAAGAAACGCCAGGUGGCAGACGGCGGAGAGUCUUGCCUCUCGGUUGCCAUAGACCUCGACUACGACGAUCUGAUGCAUGAGCGGGACAUCGCCAAGUGCGUGAAGCAGUGCCUUCGCAUCUACACCAUCAAUCGGCGCAGCCCACAGCCGGGCAAGCUGCACUUCACAGGCAUCCGGCGCAACGGUCACAUCCACGAGUCGUUCAAGAAGAACGACGGCUGGGAGAACUGGCACGUGCAGUACCACUUUGAUCGCGGCCAUACCGAUGUCUUCGACCGCAGCCAAUUGGUCUACCUCACCUGCGAGUCGGAUCGCGUGCUGGACAAGUUGCAGCCGGGCUGCACCUACGUCAUCGGGGGCCUGGUGGACCACAAUCACUUCAAGGGCCUGUGCCACUCCAGGGCCACGGAGGCGGCCCUGACCACCGCUCGCCUCCCGCUGAGCGAGCACGUGGACAUGAAGACGAGGGCCGUGCUCAGCACCUACCACGUCUUUGAGCUGUUGACCAAGGUGGCUGCCGGUCAGGACUGGACUGCGGCCAUUCUGGACACGAUUCCCAUGCGGAAGGGAGCGAAGGCGAAAAUCACAGAGAAAAAGGAUGAGCAGGGCCAGGAUCUGGAGGCGAGUCAUUACACGGAGCAGCAGGACGAAAAACAGGAAGCCGAGUCAGAAAAGCCCAGCGUAACUGCCAUCGAGUCUGAAGUGGAAUCCCAUGCCUUGGACAGUUGACAGCAGUCGACAGCGCAUUUCGAGGUCUUUUUGAUUUUUAUUUCAGUUUCAUUUGUUUUUACAAAAUCACAUUUAGUUUUGUUUCGCAAAUUAAAUUACAACUUAGAAUACAUAGCGCAAAUAAUAUUAGGAAUACAAA